GUUCAGUUGAAAAGCGUUGAGGAUAACGAACUUUUCUUGUAAAUGGAAACAUGGCUGAUAAGAAAGAUGAAGAGAAGAAGGAAGACGAUGAGCGUGUCGAGUUUCUUUAUAAAUAUUUGGUGCUUUCAAGAAAGAUUAAACUCGAUAAAUGGAUAAAGAUGUUAACAAACGAGGAAUACAAGGAGACGGUUAUGAAAUUCUUCGGUACACCGUUGGAAAUGAUUCUAAUAAUCCAACUAAAUUCAGCCGGUAUGUUGGUGCCGUUUCUCGAGAUACCACCAACAGGUCGGGUAAAGACAUCGUAUUUUAUAAAAAAGUAUCCUGUCGAGAUCACGAAAGAAAAUUACAGGAACAUCAUCAUACCCGGCGACAUGGCUUCGAAACCUAUCGAAGAACUAUUCGUCUUGGUUGAAGAGGCUUAUGUACCGAUAUUAUCGAAUCCGAAGAAUCACAAGGACUGGCCUUGGGUUGUCGGUGAGGACAUGAAAAAGCACGUUUACGAUUUCCGCAACUUGAUAUGCCAGGUCAAAGGUAAGAUGAUAGGACAAACCUUACUACCAAUGCCAAUGGGUAUCGAGCAGAUAUUCGAGGCAGAAUGGAAAGCGCAGCAGAGUGGAGGUGUCGCAGUCGAUCUUCCUUUAAAAACCAAUAUAGAAAUUAUCGUGACAAAAUGGUGUUCGCAAAUCGGUGAUACGUUAAAUGAAGAAAGUCCAAAAAACGAUAAACAGUUACUACCAAGCGCGGAAAUUGAUUUCUGGUGUCAACGACUUGUAAACGUCGAAUCUAUUUACAGUCAAAUGAGGGAUCUACGAGUGAAAAAAAUGGCAUCUAUUCUAGAAUUAACCAAGAGCCCCUAUUCACCACGUUUCAAGGCUCUGUUGAAGGACGUUAUCGCUGCGGUAAUCGAAGCACGCGAUGUAUGCGCCUACUUAAAAGCAUUGGAACCUCAUUUCGAAGAAAUACAAAAUACCGAAUUCAAAGAUAUACAGCUAAAAUUGAAGCCACUGCUGCAUUGUAUAUGCCUGAUAUGGGCAAAUUCAAAAUACUAUUGCAUUCCAACGCGAAUAAUUACGCUAUUAUCUGAAAUAUCUAAUCUGCUAAUUACUGAGGCUACCAAAUAUUUGGAUCAGAGUACUUUAUUCACUGGCGAUAUCGAGGACAGUCUAAAACGAUUAAUGCAUGUGACAAACAUUUUGACUUAUUAUACGGAAAUGUUUGAAACGUUUCGAAGUAAAUUGGAUAAUUACUUUAAACACUCGACCGAAUCAAUUCCAUGGAAUUUUGAUGAUGAAUUGGUGCUUGGAAGAAUAACAAAUUUUCAAAAACGUUUGGGAGAAAUCAAAAUAUUAUUUGAAACGGCCCAGGAAUAUUUUAAACUAGAAAGAAUGGAAUUCGCGAGUUUAAGAAAGAAAAUGUUAUGUUCCAAGAUAUAUGACAUUCAUGAAAAAUUUGUUAAUAUCUACAAUGAAUUUGGUGAAUUAGAAUACGAUAUUUUGAUGCCAGAAGAAAUAAGAUUCACAGAUCAUGUUAUUUCUUUUUUAGCAAAAGUGGAAGACUUUGACAGACAGCUGGCAAAUAUAUUCGAUCAAGCAUUUUCUGAAUGCCAUAAUACUGAAAUCAUGUUUAAGAUAAUAUGGAUCCUAGGCUCGAUGGCCAACAGACCAAUCAUCAUGGCACAGUUAUGGCACAAUUACGAGAGAUUGCUUCAAAGAAUUCAUAACCAUUUUGAUGACAUUAAAGUCAUAUUUGAUAGUAUCUUCAAGGAUUACAAGGAGGACGAAUGGAUUGAAACCGAUCAGUAUUUCCCGCAUGUCGCUGGUGCGUUAUGUACGUUGACGCAGUUGCGACAACAGAUAGACUAUCCGAUGCAAUGUGCGAAAUUGGUAGACCAUCCUUUAAUAAAUCUCAGAAUAGCACAUGAAACUAAACCGAAGUACGAUCAAAUGCAGUCACUCAUGAACGCGAUGGAGUACAAAAUAUUCACGGACUGGACCAGCAAGAUAGUCGAUAUAAGCAACUUUCAUUUGUCGAAAAGCUUAUUAAUAGUACACGAGAACAAGUUACUCGAUCUAAACUUUGAUCCAGAACUGACUGCUCUACUGCGAGAAAUUCGCUUUAUGAUCACUAUGAAGAGGACAGACUUACCCGAAGAAGCAAUCCAAUUAUAUCACAGAAUGCAAUAUUUUUUUGAGAGUACCUAUAAUCUUAAUUUGCUCACACAAUGGUACAAUUGGAUAAGAAACUAUAGUUUGCCUGUAGAGUUUGAAUUAUUGAAGCACGAAAUUGAAAACGUGGACAAAUUAAUUCGCAUUGGCCAGGAAAAUUAUAAUUGGAAUUCUCCAGAAGUACCAGAGUAUAUAAAUAAUUUGCUGCGUCUAGUACGAAAGUUACAUUCGCGGAUCUUUUAUGCUCAAGAAAACAUGAACACGUUGUUGCGAAUGAUUUACGCGUGGGCGAUGUCGCCCAUAUUAGAGCGUAAGGAUUUUAAAGAUGAGAACUUGCUCGCUAUCGGUGAACGCGACGAGAAUUUCCAAAAGAGAUAUGACCAGAUCGAGCAAGCCAAUAGAGAACUAAAUCGAGUCUUGGAUGAAAAUUAUAAACUUUUCUUCGAUUUACUGCCCGAUUCAGUGUACGAGAAAGAUGAGAUUGAAUUGGAUGACAACGUGCGCAUAGAUGCAAGAAAACGAGAGUUUGAAGAACUUGGAGAAUUCGAAGAAAGAACAGAUACAGAGGAUUUGCAAACUUUACCGAGCAGACUGAGAAUUGAUGAGGAGAAGGAAAGAAUAAUUGCGCGCGAUGCUAUGGAAUAUGAAAAAGCCGGCAGGGAUGAACGAAUGAUGGCGGCAGCUGGAAUAACAUUAACAAGCGAGCAAAUCGCUCAGAAUAUGAGCAAAUGGAAGCCUUAUCUCGUUUACGUCGACAGUUUGAUAUCAAAAGCUUUGAUCCAAGCUGCUUCUACCAGCAUAUGUUACCUGCUCGAUGAAACCGAUCCGGAAAGUAACGUAUCACCUCUUUUCGAGAUUCAACUGUCGCUCGAGGUACCCCACAUCGUCUUUCAUCCUGCGGUAGAUCCGGAUAAUUCCGAGGGUUUUUAUACAUUUUACGAGAGUUUGCUGCUUGACAUUAUGAGAAUGGGAACUUUAAUACCACGCGUAGAUCCUGACAUCGCUACGGAACGGAAGCAUUACGGAGUUGAUUUAGCAGAAGAAGAAAAUAUCGUUUUCAUGCUCGAGGAAACGUGUAAUCGAAUCAAGCUAGGUUUGGUGCAGGCGCAAGAAUAUAUCGUUAUUUUUGAACCAUUUUCCUGGUUAUGGCUUGACGAUAGACAACAAUAUUUGAACUUGUUUUUACGUUUUGGCCGCGCACUUACGAACGAGGAAAAAAAUAUGAUAGCGCAAGAAAACUUGCCGGAACAUUUAAAAGAGAGAAAGCCAGGAUUAGCCGAUUUUAAAAGAGAAAUUGACUAUUUUAUGGAACUUUAUAAAAAAUGCGACGAGUUUGAGAAUGAAAAAGUUUUCUUGCGUUGGCUGCGGCUAGAUGUAAGAGCCUUGAAACAAGCUUUACUAAAUACAAUCUGCAAGUGGACUAAUUUAUUCAAGACACAUCUGACUGAUUAUGUCAACAACGAACUCAGAAAUCUUAGCGAAUUCUUGACGAACGCGUUAAAGAAAUUUACCCAGCCAAUCGCACCAGAUGAUUACGAGGACUUGUUAAACACUAUAUAUUAUUUAAAAGAGGUACGAGAUCGACAGUAUCAAAUUGACGAUAUGUGGGAGCCUAUAAAGGCGACUAUAGAUCUUCUUAAACAAUACCAAGUGAAAUUUGGCGACGAAACUUAUAACUGGCUGACAGAAUUACCGGAGCUAUGGGCAACGGUUAAAAAAUGGGCGGCGCAAGUGAAACAGCUUGUGAAUCCUUUGAUGGCACAUCAAAUCGAUUUAUUGAAGAAACGUCUCAAUUAUUAUGAUUUCAGGCAACAACAGUAUCUAGCGCACUUUCGCGAGAACAUCGUGUUUAGCUUCGAUUGUACGAAUGUAUAUGAGAAAUUGGACAAGAUAAAUGAAGAAAUUCUAAAGUUCGAAGAGGAACUAAAGGCAUUGCACGAUCAAGUGAACAUAUUUGAACAACAGAUGACAGAAUUUAAACAAAUCAAGUCUGCUAGAAGAGAAUUAAAACUUCUGAAGAAUCUUUGGGAUUAUGUCAAUAUCAUUACGUCGAGUUUAGACGAAUGGAAGACAACAUUUUGGAAAAAGAUAGAUGUCGAGGGAAUGGAACAAGAGUGUAAAAAAUUGAUUCGAGAGUUGAGACAAUUAGAUAAAGAAGCACGAGCUUGGGAUUUAUAUGCUCAUAUAGAAGCACAAGUGAGAAAUAUGAUAUCAUCACUACGAGCAGUUUCAGAAUUACAAAAUCCCGCCAUCAAGGACAGACAUUGGCAAGAACUUAUGGUUAAAACUCGGGUAAAAUUCACUAUGGAUGAUAAAACCACUUUGGAAGAUUUAUUAAAAUUAGAGCUUCACAAAUUUGAGGAGGAAGUUAAGAACAUGGUAGAUAAGGCAGUUAAAGAAAUGAGCAUGGAGAAAGUCUUCAAAGAGUUGCACAACAUAUGGGAUAUUCUUGAGUUCGGUAAAGAGACACAUGAACGCACUAAACUUAAUGUUUUAAAUAUAAGCGAAGAAGUAAUCGAGAUGUUGGAAGAGAAUCAGGUACAACUACAAAACAUGUUGGAUUCCAAAUAUGUUGCCUACUUCCUCGAUGAAGUGACAGAUUGGCAACAAAAGCUUAACAAUGCAGAUGUCACGAUCAAUGCCUGGUUUCGAGUUCAACGAGCUUGGAUGCACCUCGAGAGUAUUUUCAUUGGAUCGGAAGACAUAAGAAGUCAAUUGCCGGAAGAGUCGAAGCGUUUUGAAAAGAUAGACAAGGAUUUUAAAGAUUUGUUGAAAGAAAUGUUGAGCAAUCUGAACAUAAUAAAGUCAACGAAUAAACCGAAACUUUUGGAUCGGCUCGAGGAAUUGGAGAGACAAUUGAAUAUUUGCGAGAAAGCUCUGUCUGAUUAUCUAGAGACAAAAAGACUAGCUUACCCACGUUUUUACUUCAUCUCGUCAGCAGAUCUAUUGGACAUAUUAAGCAAUGGAAACAAUCCCGAAUUGGUAUGCAAGCAUUUGUCCAAAUUGUAUGACUCGCUGGCAAAGCUCCAGUGGAAAAUUGAAGAUGGAAAACCGACGAAACACGCUAACAGGAUGAUAGCAAAGGAUGGAGAGGAAAUGGCCAUCCAUGGAACGUGUGACUGCACGGGGAAGGUUGAGAUUUGGUUGAAUCGCGUCACAGAGGCAAUGACGAAAAGUGUCAGAUACCGUUUCAGUCAGGCUGUCGCAGCGUAUGAUGAGAAGCCUCGCGAACUUUGGAUUCUAGAUUACGAGGCACAGCCAGCUCUAUGCGGCACGCAAAUCUGGUGGACCACUGAAGUGAAUAUAGCAUUCGCGAGACUCGAAGAGGGAUUCGAGAACGCGCUCAAGGAUUACCAGAAAAAACAGAUCGGCCAACUGAACACUUUGAUUGCAAUCUUGCGCGGCGAGUUAAAUGAAAACGAUCGCCAGAAGAUCAUGACUAUCUGUACCAUCGAUGUGCAUGCGCGUGACGUUGUCGGAAAAUUAAUAUCUAUUAAAGCAGAGAGUUCUUCUAGCUUUGCAUGGCAGUCGCAAUUAAAACACAGGUGGGACGACAAAUCAGGAGAUUGCUUCGCCAACAUUUGCGACGCAUGUUUCAUAUACGCUUACGAGUACCUGGGUAACGUGCCACGACUGGUAAUUACGCCGUUGACGGACAGAUGCUACAUUACGUUGACGCAAUCGUUGCAUCUGAUAAUGGGCGGAGCACCGGCUGGGCCUGCAGGGACGGGGAAAACCGAGACGACCAAGGACCUCGGUAGAGCUCUUGGACAAAUGGUUUAUGUCUUCAACUGUUCCGAACAAAUGGAUUAUAAAUCGUGCGGUAACAUAUACAAGGGAUUGGCGCAAACUGGAGCGUGGGGUUGCUUCGACGAAUUCAAUAGGAUUUCUGUCGAGGUAUUGUCGGUCGUGGCUGUGCAAGUGAAAUGUGUUCUAGACGGAGUCAAAAACCGGAAAAAGAAGUUCUUAUUCUUUGGGGAAGAGCUUAAUAUCGUGGAUACAGUUGGCAUAUUCAUAACGAUGAAUCCUGGUUACGCCGGUAGAACAGAAUUACCCGAAAACUUGAAAACAUUAUUUCGGCCCUGCGCUAUGGUGGUGCCCGAUUUUGAACUAAUUUGUGAGAUUAUGUUAGUGGCCGAGGGCUUCCAAGAAGCGAGAUUACUGGCGAGGAAGUUUAUUACCCUAUACACGCUAUGUCGAGAGCUUUUAUCCAAGCAAGAUCACUACGACUGGGGUUUGAGAGCCAUCAAGUCCGUUUUAGUCGUCGCUGGAAAGCUGAAACGUGAUGAUAGGCAAAGGCCGGAGGAGCAAGUGCUAAUGAGAGCGCUAAGGGAUUUUAAUAUGCCAAAAGUCGUGACUGACGAUGUGCCUGUGUUCAUGGGAUUAAUAGGCGAUUUAUUUCCCGCAUUGGAUGUACCGCGAAAGAGAGAUUUAGAUUUCGAAAUAAUGAUUAAAGCUGCGGCUCUUGAUUUAAAGUUGCAACCAGAAGACGGGUUUAUUCUCAAGGUGGUACAAUUGGAAGAGUUGUUUCACGUUCGACAUUCAGUCUUUAUCGUUGGCCUCGCCGGGACCGGUAAGACCGAAGUCUGGAAAACGCUUAACCGAACGUACUCAAACCAAAAACGCAAACCGCACUACAACGAUCUGAACCCAAAGGCGGUGACCAACGACGAGUUAUUUGGUGUCAUUAAUCCGGCAACGAGGGAAUGGAAAGACGGGUUGUUCUCCAUGAUAAUGAGGGAGCAAGCCAACAUGGCCGGCGAUGAUCCAAAGUGGAUCGUAUUCGACGGUGACAUCGACCCGAUGUGGAUCGAAUCCCUGAAUACCGUGAUGGACGAUAAUAAGGUUCUAACAUUAGCGAGUAAUGAAAGAAUUGCGUUAACUAAACACAUGCGUCUUCUCUUUGAAAUUUCAAAUUUAAGGACAGCUACGCCUGCAACAGUGUCUAGAGCGGGAAUUUUAUAUAUCAAUCCACAAGAUUUAGGUUGGAGCCCAUUUGUCACAAGUUGGACAGAAACGAGAGAUCAUUCGGAACGAGCUAAUUUGUCGAUUCUCUUCGAGAAAUACAUUCCACCGCUACUGGAAGUAACAAAAUCGAAAUUCAAGAAGAUCACUCCUUUACCAGAAAUAUGUCAUUUACAAAUGCUUUGUCACUUACUCGAUUGCUUUCUAACUAAAGAAAACGUGCCAUCGGACUGCCCAAAGGAAUGGUAUGAAUUAUAUUUCGCGUUCGCCUGCAUUUGGGCGUUUGGUUCAGCAAUGUUUCGAGAUCAGUUGAUUGAUUGGCGGAACGAAUUUAGCAAAUGGUGGCAAAAUGAAUUCAGAACUAUCAAGUUUCCAUCAAGCGGAACUAUAUUUAGUUACUUUAUAGAACCAGAAACGAAAAAAUUAAUACCUUGGACAGAAAAAGUCGUCUCGUUUGAAUUGGAUUCGGAUAUUCCGCUUCAGUCCGCUUUGGUGCCAACUGGAGAAACAGUACGUUUGCGUUUUUUCAUGGAUUUGUUGAUAAAGAAGCGUGUUCCGAUCAUGUUAGUGGGUGGAGCGGGCUCCGGAAAAAGCGUCAUUAUGGCCGACAAAUUGGCGACUUUGUCAGAUAAUUAUAACGUAGCAAAUGUUCCCUUUAAUUUCUACACUACAUCAGAUAUGUUGCAAAAAGUACUCGAGAAACAUUUGGAGAAGAAAGCAGGACGUAAUUACGGUCCACCGGGCACAAAACUCUUGGUGUAUUUCAUAGACGACAUGAAUAUGCCGGAAGUGGACACUUAUGGAACUGUACAACCUCAUACUCUGCUUAGACAGCAUAUGGAUUACAAUCACUGGUAUGAUAGAACAAAAUUAACUUUGAAGGAGGUUCACAAUACGCAGUAUGUAUCUUGCAUGAAUCCUACUGCAGGCAGUUUUGUCAUAGAUCCACGCUUACAAAGACACUUUGCUGUGUUCGCAGUUAGUUUUCCACAAAAAGAGGCGCUCGUGAUGAUAUACAGUCAGAUCCUUAAACAGCAUGUGAUCGAUCCACAGCAAAAGUUUAAUCCAGCAGUACAAAAAUUCAUAGAUCCUUUGAUAGACGCCGCAUUAUAUCUCCAUGAUAAAAUCGCCACGACUUUUCUACCGACGGUCAUCAAGUUCCAUUAUGUUUUCAAUUUACGCGAUUUAACCAAUAUAUUCCAGGGGAUGCUCUUUGCCCGUGGCGACGUUUUACCACUUCCGAGUCACGUAAUCAGGCUUUACGCUCAUGAAGCGAUGCGAGUGUAUCGUGACAAAUUGGUAAACCUCGAAGACCAGAAAGUAUUCGAUGAACUGCUGCUCAAUGCGCUUCGCAAAAAUAUACCCGAGUUGGACGAAAAUGAAAUUAGUUUUGAGCAGCCGUUAAUAUACUGCCAUUUCGCAGAAGGAAUUGGCGAACCUAAAUACGCGCCUGUCAAAAAUUGGACGCAGCUUGUAAAAUUACUCGACGGUGCUUUACUCAAUUAUAAUGAACUGGUGUCCGCGAUGAAUCUAGUAUUAUUCGAAGAUGCUAUAUAUCACGUGUGUCGCAUCAACAGAAUUUUAGAGGCACCGAGGGGCAAUGCACUUCUAGUGGGUGUAGGUGGUAGCGGCAAACAAUCUUUAUCGCGUUUGGCUUCUUUCGUUUCCUCGUUGGAGGUAUUUCAAAUACAAUUACGUAAAGAUUACUCCUUAAACGAACUGAAAGCUGACUUAGCCGUGUUGUACCUAAAGGCCGGCGUGAAGGGUAUUGGUAUUACUUUUUUAAUGAGUGAUUCUCAAAUUGCGGAAGAAAAAUUCUUAGUUGUGGUGAACGAUAUGUUAGCGACGGGGGAAAUCAUGGAACUAUUUACUGAUGAUGAAGUGGACAAUAUCAUUAACGCAGUGCGCAAUGAGGUUAAGCAAACCGGAUUAAUUGACACCAAAGAGAAUUGUUGGAAAUUUUUUAUCGAUCGCGUACGAAGGCAAUUGAAGUGUGUUCUGUGCUUCUCACCGGUAGGAGCAACCCUUCGGAAAAGGGCUAGGCAAUUCCCUGCAAUAGUAAAUUGCACCGCGAUCGACUGGUUUCAAGACUGGCCGCAGAAAGCAUUAGAAUCCGUGUCGACAACGUUUCUGGAGGAAUUAAAAGAAUUACCGGCCGAAUACCGAACUUCCGUGUCGCUCUUCAUGUCUUUCGUUCAUACGAGCGUUAACGAUGUGUCUGCGAUAUAUUUACAAAAUGAAAGAAGAUACAACUAUACGACACCCAAGUCCUUCCUUGAGCAAAUUUCUUUAUAUUCCAAGUUGUUAACAGAAAAAUCACAUGACCUGGAAGCAAUGAUUUCGCGUCUUACCGAUGGAUUGGUGAAACUCGAAUCUUGCGCGAUUCAGGCCGACAAAUUAAAGAUCAUUCUGACGGCUCAAGAGAUCGAGUUGAAGAAAAAGAAUGAGAUCGCUGAUAAGAUAUUGGUCGAAGUACGCGCGGAAAAUGUAAAAGCGGAGGCAGAAAAAGCUAUCGUAACCGAGGAAGAGGCAAAAGUGGCGGAAAUCAAGGAGGUAGUAUCAGAAAAUCAAAAACGUUGCGAUGAAGACUUGGCCCGUGCGGAGCCAGCGGUGAGACAGGCCGAAGCUGCGCUCGAUACUUUGAACAAGAAUAACUUGACCGAACUGAAAUCAUUCGGAUCUCCGCCGGAUGCCGUGCUUAUGGUUGCUCAGGCUGUGCUCGUUUUAUUUUCGCCAAAAGGAAAAAUUCCAAGAGAUAGAACUUGGAAGGUCUGCAGAGUGAUAAUGGGAUCUAUUGAUGGAUUUUUGUCAGAGUUACGUAAUUAUGAUAAAGAGAAUAUACACCCGGAAGUUGUAAAGGCGAUUCAACCGUACAUCAAUGAUAAAGAUUUCGAUCCGAAUGUUGUAUAUUCAAAAUCGCAAGCGGCAGCGGGACUUUGUAGCUGGGUGAAAAAUAUCAUGGUGUUUCAUUAUAUCAACGAGAAUGUAAAACCUUUGAGAGUAGCGCUUGCUCAGGCAAACGCCGAAUUGAGGAUUGCUAUGGAAAAGUUGAAUUCUUUGAGGAGUCGAUUAGCGGAGCUUCAAAAAGUAUUGGAUGUUUUGAGUGAAAAAAUGAGUGUGGCUUUAGCUGAAAAACAAAAGUGUCAAGACGAAGCAGAUGCGACUGCGUUCAUCAUAGAUCUAGCAAAUCGACUGAUAAACGGUCUAGCAUCUGAGAAUAUUCGUUGGGCCGAAACUGUACAACUAUUAAAGGAAUCCGGAGUUACUCUACCGGGCAACGUAUUGCUUGUCACGGCAUUCAUUUCUUACAUGGGAUGUUUUACGAAGAAAUAUAGAAUAGAUCUUAUGAAUUUAUAUUGGUUGCCGUUUCUCAAUAAUUUGCAAAUGCCAAUAUCAUAUACGCCAGGUCUGGAUCCAUUGUCUUUAAUGACUGAUGAUGCAAAAAUUGCCCAAUGGAAUAACGAAGGUUUACCUACAGACAGAAUGUCUUCGGAAAAUGCCACGAUACUUACAAAUUCAUCCAGGUGGCCUUUAAUGAUUGAUCCGCAGUUACAAGGAAUCAAAUGGAUCAAAAACAAAUACGGAGACGAGUUGAUAGUGCUACGUUUAACUCAAAAGAAUUAUCUUGACCAAAUUGAACACGCUAUCGCUAAUGGAGAGAUAGUACUGCUAGAAAGUAUCACGGAAACUGUCGAUGCCGUUUUAGAUCCAAUCGUAGGUCGGGUUUUAAUAAAGAAAGGAAGGGCUAUCAAGGUGGGAGACAAAGAGGUGGAUUAUGACCCACGCUUUCGUCUGAUCUUACAAACAAAACUGGCGAAUCCUCACUAUAAGCCAGAGAUGCAAGCACAGACUACUCUCAUCAAUUUUACGGUUACGAAAGACGGUUUGGAAGAGCAGCUAUUAGGUGCCGUCGUGAAAGCGGAGCGUCCGGAUUUGGAGUCGAGCAAAGCCGAGCUCACGACUCAACAGAACACCUUUAAGAUCACGCUAAAAGUAUUGGAAGACGAUCUGUUGCAUAGAUUGGCGACGGCGGGUCCCGACAUCUUGAGUGACGUCGCUCUUGUGGAAAAUCUCGAAACUACGAAGAAGACUGCGAGUGAGAUCGAGGCAAAGGCAAUCGAGGCGAAGAUGACUGCCGCAAAGAUAGACGAGGCGCGAGAGUCCUACCGACCAGUGGCUUCCAGAGCCAGUCUCCUCUACUUCAUCCUUAACGAUCUCAACAAGAUCAACAUGCUGUAUCAGUUUUCUCUCAAGGCAUUCAACACGGUCUUUCAAAACGCUAUUAAAUUUACGGAGCCGGCGGAUGCCCUCACUAAACGCGUCGCCAAUUUAAUCGACAGCGUCACGUAUUUGGUUUUUACAUAUACCAGCAGAGGACUGUUCGAGAGCGACAAGCUCAUAUUUUUGUGCCAGCUAACUCUUCAGAUUCUAAUGCAAGUAAAAGAGAUAGAUCCAUUCGAAGUGGAUUUUCUGUUGCGAUUCCCUUAUUUACCUGAUCUCACGAGCCCGGUGGAUUUUCUGAGCAACGUUGGUUGGGGUGGUAUCAAGUAUCUGAGCGAAAUGGAAAAUUUUCGCAAUUUAGACCGCGAUAUAGAUGGAGCAGCAAAGAGGUGGAAAAAAUUCGUCGAAUCGGAAACACCUGAGAGAGAAAAGUUCCCUCAGGAAUGGAAAAAUAAAACAUUCUUUCAGAGACUUUGUAUAAUGAGAUGCGUGAGACUAGAUCGAAUGGUUUACGCUAUACGGUACUUCGUGGAAGAAAAACUGGGAGCUAAAUUCAUACAGUUUCGAAUGCAACCUUUUGAAAAAUCGUACGAAGAAACGAGUGCGAACACGCCGGUAUUCUUUAUUUUAUCUCCAGGAGUCGAUCCUCUAAAAGAUGUUGAAAAACUCGGUAAACAGCUCGGCUUUACAUUCGACGCGCAAAAUUUCCACAAUAUAUCAUUAGGACAAGGUCAGGAACCUAUCGCAGAAGAAAUGAUAGAAAUCUCAGCGCGCAAGGGUCAUUGGGUUAUACUUCAAAACGUUCAUCUAGUAAAGAAGUGGUUGCCAAAUCUGGAAAAGAAGAUAGAACAACUCUCGGAAGAGUCACACGAAAAUUAUCGGCUUUAUAUUAGUGCAGAACCAAACCAAGAUCCUCACACGUCAAUAAUACCACAAGGUAUACUAGAAUCGGCCAUAAAAAUCACCAACGAACCGCCAACGGGUAUGCGCGCCAACAUUCACAAAGCCUUGGACAACUUUAGCCAGGACACAUUGGAAUCUUGCGGCAAGGAGACCGAGUUCAAAGCUAUUCUUUUCACCCUGUGUUAUUAUCACGCUGCUGUGGCAGAGCGUAGAAAAUUUGGGGCACAAGGAUGGAAUAGGUUGUAUCCCUUCAAUGUCGGUGACUUGACCAUCAGUGCAUCGGUAUUGUUGACUUAUCUCGAGAGUAAUACUAAAGUACCUUGGGAAAAUUUACGCUAUUUAUUUGGCGAAAUAAUGUAUGGCGGUCAUAUAACCGACGACUGGGACAGAAGAUUGUGCCGAACAUAUCUCUUAGAGUACCUGCAACCAGAGUUGAUUGAAAAUGAAUUGUAUUUGGCUCCGGGUUUUCUGGUGCCACCCAGUACCGAUUACACCGGCUAUCAUCGAUAUGUAGAAGAUUAUUUACCGCCGGAAAGUCCCAUCCUAUACGGACUGCACCCGAACGCGGAGAUUGGGUUUCUCACAAAUACAGCAGAAAACUUGUUUAAAACAAUCUGGGGGAUGCAACCACGGGACAGUAUCGACACUGCAGUCGGAGUGUUAUCGAAAGAGGACAAGGUGAAAGUUAUAAUAGAGGAUAUACUGGACAAACUUCCCGAAGAUUUUAAUAUAUCAGACUUGAUGAGCAAGGCGGAAGACCAAACUCCUUUCGUUAUAGUCGCUCUCCAAGAAUGCGAACAUAUGAACGUGCUGUGCAAGGAACUGAAAAGAUCUCUGGGAGAAUUAGAUCUCGGCUUGAAGGGCGAGCUCACGAUUAGCGCGGAUAUGGAAGAUUUGCAAAAUUAUUUGUUCAUGGAGUCUGUGCCACCAUCUUGGACCAAACGCGCCUAUCCCUCCACUCUCGGAUUAUCGAGUUGGUUCGCGGACAUGCUCAAUCGAAUAACCGAGCUAUCGAAUUGGACGAUAGAUUUUAACUUGCCGUCGUCGAUCUGGCUGGGUGGUUUUUUCAAUCCGCAGUCCUUACUCACCGCCAUCAUGCAGCAAACCGCUCGUAAAAACGAGUGGCCCCUGGACAAAAUGUGUCUGCAUUGCGACGUAACCAGAAAGCAGAAGGAGGAAUUUACGAUGCCACCGCGCGAGGGUGCCUAUGUCAACGGUCUGUACAUGGAGGGUGCGCGAUGGGAGGUCGCGAGCGGUAUCAUCGCGGAUUCGCGAUUGAAGGAGCUAUUCUGUCCGAUGCCGGUCGUGUUCGUAAAGGCGAUUACGCAGGACAAGCAAGAGACGAAGAACGUGUACGAAUGCCCGGUCUAUAGAACCAGAACGCGCGGUCCUACAUACGUCUGGACGUUCAAUUUGAAGACCCGUGACAAGCCGACUAAGUGGACUUUGGCCGGCGUCGCGAUUCUCCUGCAGAUUUAA